AUGACCACAAACAAUCCGCAUCGCGCCCUCUCUGUGGCGAAGCUGUGGCGAACGAUGUUAAAGUUGACGACAGUGGCCUGGGCGGCCCUGGUGUUGUCCAUGUGCCUGAUUGUGCUGAUGAGUGUGCAGCAAGGAGGCGAAGGCAAAGGCCGAGGCGGGAGCUCUGUUUGGGGUGGCCUGUUGGAGCUGCUUGACAACGUGCAAGACUUUGUGUGGGCCGUGCUGACCGACGCACGGACGCCGUCCGCGGUCCUGUUCAUCCUUGUCCAUGUCACGUAUGAGGCGGUCAUCUGGCUGAUGCCAUCCGGGCUGUCCACAGAAACAGACGACCUGAACCCACCAGGGACACCGUCGCAGCCACCAAGGCGAGCGCCACGGCCACUGUCCGCGGCAUCAGCGCGCAGGCAUCGAGGUGCGGACAGCACCAAUGGAUUUGGGGCCUCCUCUGGUGGCACCACAAGGCCCAUCCCCUCCUUGUCCGAUGACAGCGACGAUGACGACGACAUGGGUGUGGCUGCUGGCAUCAUGAACGCCGGUCACAACAACAAUGGCGAGUUUGGUGGCGGCUUUGGUGAAGAGGAGGCGGAUUCGCCGGACAACAUGAACGCGAGCACGUUCAGCAGCACCACUGUUGUGAACAGCAGCGUCACGUCCUUCCUGGCGUCGUCUUUUUCGUUCCUGGCCUCCCCGCUGUCCUCGCGUCGCGGAUCAACGCAGCCGUCCUUCUUCACGCCGGCCUCGUCGCCUGUCCUGGACAGGUUCACCCCGCUCAUGAGCGAGGACGAGUACAUUGCCACCCGAUCAAAGCACACGCGCCAGGCGCUGUUUGAGCUCCGCCAGCAGUGGAGCACGCUCGACGAGCACACGCGCCGCCGCAUCGUGCACCGGCGUCAGGUGGAGUCCUUCGCAGAGGGCGGUGCCAUGGACUUGGGGGAGCUGGAGGAGGACGAGCGCGGGCAGCUGCGAACCGACAUCCACGCUGCAACCCUCCUCAGCCCGCAGCUCGUGCACCGCGUUGCAGAGUCGCGCAUCGUGGAGCUGUUUCGGUUCAAGGUUGUGCGCUUCCUGCUGGCGGUCAUGGCCGUGGUCGCCCUGCAGUUCUUCUUCUCCAACGCGUCGUCCUUCAUGGCCACCGACGGUGACGGCGUCCCAAACACCCACGCCCACGCCAGCGCCCUGCCACACUUCCUCCUCGUUGGCUCCGGCAACGUUGUGUGGGAGCUUGUGCGGGCGCUGGUGCUGCUGCAGCUGGCCCUGACCCUUGCUCUCAGGUUCCGGGGCCCCACCCUGUGGCUCGCAGACAAGACGGGCGCCCUCGACCUGCUCAACAGCGUGCUCAGCGUUGUUCUCGCCGGAGACGCGCGGCCGCUCCUGGCGCUACUGCUCAACCCCGUGCUUGCAGGCACCCUGCUCGCCAUCACCUGCGCCCACUACUGCCCGGGAACAGCCACAUCCUGGAUUGCUGGCCUCCCAGACAUGCUGCACCUGCCCCCACAGGUCACACACGUCCUCGCGCAUUUUAUGGCGCUGCCAUCGCUCUUGCUGGGCAACGCGCCCCUCCUGCCGGUCACCCUGGUGCUGGCCGCGGGCCUGUUUCUCGGUCAUCGUGUCGGGGUGCAUCUCGCGUCAUCGCGCGCACUCCGCGCCACCGCCCACGCCCACGCCGUCACGCCCCGCCUCUCCCUCGCCUCUGUUGCGCUGUGGACGUUUGCAGCGCACGUGCUCGCCACCGUGCUUCUGCUCUCCUUCCCCACCCCCACGCGCGAUACGGACGACGAAGGCACGCGUGCGGUUGCUCCGCUCUUUGCGUCGCGCGCCGACACCGCACACGGGCCCUACCCGUGGCUGCGCCCUGUCACCAGCGACACCAGCAGUGGUGGCAGCGGUGCUGUGCCAGCGUUUGACGUGUUUGAUGUGUACUCUGCGCAGUUUGUGGCCAUCUCCGACGCCGCGUGUGUGCUGUUGAAGGAGCACGGGGACGGGUACCGUGUGGGUGACGGCGUGCUGGCCGUGGCUGGCCUGGCCACCGCGCUGUACGGGCACACGCUGGCGCACGCGGCGGUCCUGCUGUCGCUUGUGGUCGGCUUCAACUUCCUGGUCGCCCCGGCCUGCUACGUGUUGGCCCACGCGCUGGUGCUGUCCUGGCCGUCGCUGUUCUACGUUGCGGCCUUCACCCUCCCCCUGGCUGGCAGCGCGUACCUGGCCCUGGUCACCAUGCGUUCCCUGAUGGACCGCCUGCCGGGGUUUCUUGCCCUCGUGCCCGCCGCCAUCGUGUCCCGCGUCACCCACCCCUUCUACCCGCACGCGCUCUCCGUGUUCUUCCUCACCGCCGUCACCCACGUCAACUUCUCCCUGUUUGGCGGCGUGCACGCGCUGCCGGCACUGCUGUGGACGGGCGCAGACCUGGACGAGCUCGGCGAUACGUGCGAGGCCGCGCUUGCGCGCUACCCUGACUGCACCGGCCCGCUGCGUGACCGAUGCACACGUGCGCACGCCAACCAGCUGGUGGCCGACCUGUGCGACGAGCAGGCCGCAGGCGCACUGUCCGUCGAUAACGUGCAGACCCUCAACGUCUUCCUCAUCGCCACGCUCUUUGCCAUGCUGUGCAGCAACGCCCCCUACACGCAGGCUGUCGGCAUUGCGGCUGUGACGGCGAUGGCUGGGCUGGCCAUGGCGGGCCCGCUGUUCCUGCCGCUCUGGGUCGUGGAGGCAACGGCACUGCGCGUCACCGUGUCGUGGCUGCUGGUCAUCUUUGCCACCGCCUUCCAGCUCAAGGUUGCCGUUCCCUUGACCCGAGGCCUCCACCUCGAUGCCACGCACGCCUCUGCCGCCCAACCGGGCCUGCUUCGCUUCCUGUUUUCCUUUGCGCAAAGCUUUGCUGUGGGCGCCGCCAUUGCAGCUUCUGUCCAAUACAUGUCCCCUUUUGAGGAGUAG